AUGAUUCUUUGUGCGAACGCACCCUUCCCAACGAGCACUGGACGUGCCUCCACUAACGAAAUAAAGAAAUCUAAAUCGAUAUUUUCCACCAUUUUGAUUAACACGCAUGCUUGCACACCAACUGCCAAAUGUCGACUGAGAAUUCGCCCCCGCCCGCGCACGCCGUCCGCGGCACCGUGCCGCGGCACGACGUACCGUGUUACGGCGGCGGCGCCGCAACGUCACACGGCGGCCGGCGCCGCGCCGUGGACAUGGGGCCGCGGCCUAAAAACU